GUGAAGAUUAAACAAUGCUUUGACUUCCUAAAUAUUUAUCUGCUGGGAAGUGAGCCCAUUGAUGGCAGCCCUGCGCUGGCGUCCGUCCGGCAGUCUGAGAUGCAGUGCACUGGCUGUACGCCCGCUGGGGCACUAAAUGUGCAGGGGAGCUGUGUCACAGGCGGUGAGCUCUUUGAUUAUGUGGCGGAGAAGGAGAGCCUGCGUGAGGAGGAGGCUAUGGACUUCAUUGUCCAGCUGCUGCAGGCCGUGGGCUAUCUGCACACAAACCACAUCCUACACCUCGAUCUCAAGCCCGAGAACAUCCUUCUGCGAGAUCAAGGGACGGACAGACCCCACAUCAAGGUCAUUGACUUCGGCCUGGCCCAGAAGGUGCAGCCGGGAGCUGAGAUCCGGAGCCUGGGUGGGACACCACAGUACAUUGCACCGGAGGUUGUGAACUUUGAGCCACUGGGGCCGCCAGCAGACAUGUGGAGCAUUGGAGUCAUCACCUACAUCCUACUCAGCGGCUUCUCACCAUUCCAGGGGGACACAGACAACGAGACACUGACAAACAUCGUGGAGCUGAACUACGAUAUGGACGAUGGGAGUUUUGGGUCAACCAGCGACAUGGCGAAGGAUUUCAUUGCCCAGCUGCUGCUAAAGGAACCUGGGGCACGUCUCACUGCCGAACUCUGCGUCCGUCACCCCUGGAUCAAGGUCAGUCUGCAACCGGUGCCCUUGCACGCCCCCCCACCGC